AUGUCUUCAUCUAUGGACCACACCGUGCGACUGUGGGACCUCCGAGCUCCGACAUGUCGCGGUCUGCUUAACCUUCCGGCACCCUCCAUAGUUGCCUAUGACAGUAGUGGUGUCGUCUUCGCCAUUGCUGUCAACCACUACUCCCGUAUCCUUCUCUACGAUCACGCCAACUUUGACAAGGCACCGUUUCUUACCAUUACUCUGGAGGAUCCGACGCUUUCGCUCGUCAGCUAUCCGCCACGCGCCAUCUAUAUCACAUCUAUGGCGUUCUCAAGCAGCGGCAAGUACCUUUUGAUUGGCUGCUCUGGAGAUGCGCACUAUGUGAUGGAUGCGUUUGAGGGUCACCUGCUUGCGAAGCUAGAAGGGCAUGUGGGGCUUGAACGGAGGCGAUUAGAUGCCCCACAGGGCAUUGAGCCCCAACGAGGAUGCAGUGGCGAGGAGGUGUCGUGGACACCUGAUAGCAACUACGUAUUAGGCGGUAGCUUGGAUGGACGGGUAUGCGUUUGGGACUUGCAGAAUUUGCAGACAAAGACCGGCGCCAUUGAUUUGAAGGCACCACCGUUGCGAUUGCAGCCUAUCGCAAAGAUGGAUGGACAUCCUAGCCCUUCUCGGUGUCUCAAGUUCAACCCUCGACUGGCAAUGAUGUGUACUGCGGGUGCCGAACUAGCGUUUUGGCUACCAGACCAGUCUGCGGAUGUGGACGAGGUGGCAAAGGAAUUGCUUAAAAAGCCUCCUACCUGA